UUCCUCUCCCCUCUUUCUCCCUCCUCUGCUUUCUUUUCCUUUUCUCAGAUGAGAAAUUGAAAGAAUUAGGGUUAGGGCUAGGAUUUAUACGAGAGAGAAUGGGGACAUGGCGAAAGGCCUAUGGAGCUAUCAAAGACUCCACCAAGGUCGGCCUCGCCAAGGUCAAUAGCGAGUUCAAGGAUUUAGACAUUGCGAUCGUCAAGGCGACGAACCACGUGGAAUGCCCUCCCAAGGAACGCCAUGUCAGAAAAAUCUUUGCUGCUGUAUCUGUAUCUCGACCGCGUGCUGAUGUGGCUUAUUGCAUAUAUGCACUUGCAAGACGACUGGCCAAGACUCAUAAUUGGACGGUUGCGUUGAAAACAUUGAUAGUUAUUCACAGGACAUUAAGAGAGGGUGAUCCAACAUUCAGGGAGGAGAUGUUGAACUAUUCUCAUAAAGGACACGUACUACAGAUAUCUAAUUUUAAGGAUGAUUCAAGCCCUCUUGCUUGGGAUUGCUCUGCAUGGGUUCGUACAUACGCACUGUUUCUAGAGGAACGACUCGAGUGCUUCAGAGUAUUGAGAUAUGAUAUUGAAGCAGAGCGUUUAUUGAAAAAUCCACAGGGGGCCACCAAGGGUCAUAGUAGAACAAGGACUUUGUGUUGUCCAGAUCUGCUGGAGCAGUUGCCUGCUUUACAGCAGCUGUUGUUUCGCCUGGUAAACUGCCAGCCUGAAGGAGGAGCAUGUGGAAACUAUCUUAUACAAUAUGCACUAGCUCUGAUCCUAAAAGAAAGCUUCAAAAUCUACUGUGCAAUUAAUGAUGGGAUUAUCAAUCUUGUUGAUAUGUUUUUCGAGAUGUCAAAAUUUGAUGCCAUUAAAGCUCUUGAAAUAUAUAAAAGAGCUGGACAGCAGGCUGAAAAUCUUGCUGAGUUCUAUGAAUUCUGCAAGGCUUUGGACCUUGCCAGGAAUUUUCAAUUUCCCACUCUAAGACAGCCACCUCCAUCAUUUCUUGCAACAAUGGAAGAAUACAUUAAAGAAGCACCUAAAGCCGGUUCAAGUAAGAAUCUGGAAUAUGAGGAGAAAAACCUACUGACCUACAAAGAAGAAGAAGCAGAAGCUCCUCCAGAGGAACCCACACCAGAAGAGGAACCACCAACCACAGAGGCUGAAGAACCUCAUCAACCAGAACCAGAACCAGAACCAGAACCAGAACCAGAACCCAUAACUACAGGAGACUUAUUGGGUCUGGAUGCAGAAAUAAAUCCUGCCGCUGCAGAAAUUGAGCAGAAUAAUGCGUUGGCUUUAGCCAUCUUGCAACCUGGAGAGGGUGUAAAGCAACCAACAUCUAUGGACUUGAUAUGUGGUGGUUCAGGAUGGGAAUUGGCGCUUGUGACUACUCCAAGCAGCAAUUCCAGCCAUCAUGCCGUUGAUAGCAAACUGGCUGGAGGUUUCGACAAGCUGUUGCUCGACAGUCUCUACGAAGAUACGGCGAGGCAACAACAAAUUGCUUCAGUAGGAUACUAUGGCGGUGCAGAAACUGCCAACCCGUUUAACACAUCAGACCCGUUUGCAAUGUCAAACGGUAUAGCUCCUCCCCCCAGUGUUCAAAUGGCUGUAAUGGCACAACAGCAGCAACAAUACUAUCAGCAACAAAUGCAGCAGCAAUAUUAUCAGCAACAACAACAGCAGCAGUAUUACCAACAGCAUCAGUGUCAGCAGCAGAAUAUGAUGAUGAUGGUGCCUUAUGGCCAGCAACCUCAAAAUCCUUCUCCUCAGCAAACAGCAGGAUUAUCUGCUGCUAACCCCUUCGGCGAUCCUUUCUCUGGAUUGACUGGAUUGCCUCAGAGAGGUCCUCCUGCUCCUCAUCCCAACCCAAAUUUUCUUUGA